GCCCACUUGGGCGGACCCCAAGUUUAUCUUUUGGCAUGUAGUUCGCCAGACAUGAACCCUAACGCACAGUAAUCAUGCCGUGUUCUGCCUUCACAACUCAUGUACUUUGCUGUCUUUGUCUUUGGGGAUGUGUGGCAGAGAGUAUUCAUACAUUACCUCAUGUGGAGCGGUUUGAUGUGGUGAGACCUAAAAGACAGAGCGUCAGAAAGGUACAGUCUGAUAAAAGUCCACAAAGCCAUGAGACUUAUCCUGAUAGACUCACAUAUAAAUUAUUCUUUGGAGGGAAAACUCAUGUGAUUCAUUUGGAAAAGAACAGGCAACUCAUUGGACAUAAUUACACUGAAAUAUACUAUCAAGAUGAUGGACUGAUUGUGAGCAGUAAUCCAAAUUUAAAGGACAAUUGCUACUAUCAUGGCCAUAUUCAGGAUUUGGAAGAUUCCUCAGUCAGUGUGGGAAUCUGUUCUGGAAUCAGAGGUUUUGUUCGAGUGAAACAGCAAGUAUACCUGAUUGAGCCCCUGACCAACCAUAGUGAUGGAGACCAUGCACUUUAUAAGCAUGAACAUCUGAGGUGGAAGAGAAGCUCAUGUGGUGAACCAAGCACUACCAUUUAUGACCAUGAACAACCAGUGGCUGUCCCCUUAAAGUCCACCAGAUGGAAAACAAAGAGUUUUCACACUCGAAGAUAUGUGGAAUUGUUUCUUGUGGUGGAUAACACUGAGUACAGAAACUUUGGGUCUGACAUGGACAUAAUCAGACCCAGGAUGCUGGAAGUUGCAAAUCAUGUUGACAAGUUGUAUCGACCCCUUAAUAUCCGGGUUAUGCUGGUGGGUCUUGAGGUCUGGACGAAACGUGACCAGAUUGUGGUCAGUGUGAGUUCUGAUGACACUCUCAGUCGGUUUAUUGAGUGGAGAAAGAGCAAUCUGCUUAAAAGAGUCAAACAUGACAACGCUCAGUUUGUGACUGGAAUUGAUUUUUUGAAUGACACAGUUGGGCUGGCAAACAAAUUUGCAAUGUGUGCUGAAAGCUCAGCGGGAGUCAAUCAGGAUCAUAAUCAGAACUCACUAGGCCUGGCAUCCACAAUCGCUCAUGAGAUGGGUCAUAACAUGGGCAUGUCCCAUGAUGAAAAUCACUGCACCUGUGGCUCAUCAAAAAACAGUUUAUAGUGUGCACUGUCUGAAAAUGACAUGCUCUGACCUUGUCUAUCUAGCACGCUGUUCCCGGAGCUGUUUAGUGACUGUAGUCUGGAGCAGCUGAGUGUGUUUCUAGACAACGCCAACCCCAGCUGCCUGCUGGACACCCCCAGCUCAUCCAGACUGUACAGUGGGUCUAUCUGUGGUAAUGCUUUUCUGGACCCUGGAGAGGAGUGUGACUGUGGAACAGUCGAGGAAUGUGAAAAUCCAUGCUGUGAUCCCAUGACCUGCAGGCUCACUGAAGGCUCACAAUGUGUUCAUGGAGACUGCUGUGAGAAUUGCCAGAUAAAAGAUGCUGAAAGCUUGUGUCGAGCACCUGAAAAUGAGUGUGACAUUCCAGAGUACUGCACAGGGCUCUCAGAGCACUGCCCAGAGAAUGAUUUUAAGAUGAAUGGCAUACCUUGCAGUGCCAAAGUGGCUGCUGAGGCAUGCUUUUUUCGAAACACAUUUGGAAAAAAUGAUUCUCACUGUGGAAAGACCAAAGGUGGCUACAGAGCCUGUACAAAAGAAAACAUGUUUUGUGGAAAAAUAUUUUGCGAUGGAGGAAAUGACUACCCCGUGACUGGUCAGAAAGCUGUGAUAGUAACAUUUAGGGGAUUUUGCAACAUAGCUGGGGACCAAUCUGAAGAAGACGCCCUCAGCAUGGUCCCUACUGGCACAAAAUGUGGGCACAAUAAGGUUUGCUAUGAUUACAUGUGCCAAGACCUGAAUGUUUAUGGUAGUAAUGAUGAUUGCUCACUGCAAUGCAGUGGAAGAGGGAUUUGUAAUCAUAAAAAACAAUGCCACUGUGAGCCUGGAUGGGCACCUCCUUACUGUGAAGUCAGAUAUUCUGAAUUGCCAUCCGGACAAGCAAAGAUAAUUGGCAUCUCAGUAGCAGUUGCAAUCGCUCUACUUGUACUUGCACUAUGUGGAGUCUUGUUUUAUUGUAAAAGAAGAAAAGCCUUGAUUUAUUGUAAAAGAAGAAAAGCCAUCGUCAGCCACAAGACAAAAACUCCUUCUGCAGGGCAGUUGAACCUUCUUUUUGAGAACAACAGUGCCAAGAAGGACCGCCCUGAGAUCAGCCAGCCCAUAUUCAUGGGGACCACCAUAACUCAACCCUGCACCCCUCUAACUGCAAGAUUGGGCCCGACCCGUCCUGCUCCACCACUUCCAAAAAAGUCACAAUCGCAACAGACCGUAGUAAAACAGGGAAUCAAGCCGACUCCACCUCCUGUUCCUCCAGUCAAACCAUCUUUAGCAACAGGAUCCUGGAGGACAGAUCAAGUCACAGGAGACACAGUCAAGGUUGUGUUGAGACCACCCACCAUUCCAAGAAGAUGACCAGAUGUGAAAUCAUCAUGUGACUCAUUUCAACAAAUUACAGUCCCUCUUGUUCACUUUUAUAGUGUGGGAGUGGCUGAAACACAAAGUGCUUUUUUAAACAAUGCUUUAAAAACACACACAUACACUGUUGUGAAUGAUGAUAUAUUGUAUAUACAUUUGAAUGUAUGACUGGAAAAAUAAUCAACAGACCAAAAUGCUUUAUACCGUAAUUUAAUUGAACAUUUACAGACUAUUGUGAUGAAGUGAAUGAAUUAAAUUCUAAAUAUUUUUUUAAACUUUUUAAAUAAAAGUUUUGAUUUUUUUACUGAUUGCAAAUGGAAGCAGUAGCAAUGUCACAUGCAGAAUAUUAGUAAUAAAUGAAUCUCAUAAAAUAAAGAUGCAAUGCUUUCUACUUUAAUAAAAUACAAUAAUGUCAUUUUGCUGAAUUGGGAGUUUAUG